CCGUCAUGCAUCACACUCAGACGUGUCAACGGCAAAUAUCACAUCAGUCUGGCGUGUCAUUGUGAUACGAGACAAAGACAUAAGCCUGUCUGUCCUAUGACGACGAGCUGUGCGUCGGUGUGUCUUAUUGUCCUGUACAUGAACACACCGAAGGACGUCCAGCCAUAGUCAGGGGGCUCAUAGGUCUGGCUAUGCAAGGAAAGCAUGGUCAGAGAGCAAUCAUUGAUACAGCUAAGCACUCGUCGAGAGGGCUCCGUCUCCCUACAUAUACGACACGUAUAUAUACACAGGUCAACUCAGCCCCCGAGGUAAGUCAGUAUCGAUCCUCGCUCAGUCACGUCAACACCCUGGCUCUUACCUAUCGAUAAGGGUCGCCUAUCAUGAAAUAUAUAUACAGUGCAUAGAUGUAGUUGUAGAGAAACUCGCCCACCAUCACAGGUAUGAACCAAUACAGCCAAUCGGACACGACCCCUGGCACCCAGUGGCUGGGACCGUCCCACUUGAUCUCAGAAAAUAUCCAACCAACCAGCCAGCAAAGCGGCACCAAACAGAAAUUCGCGGCACUCAGUCGCUUCUGAAAGAAGAAGAAGACAACUCAACAGCAGCCCGAGAAGGAGGGAGGGUGACUUACCGCAGCUUCAUCGUAACGGAUCAUCACCUGUCUCUCCACCAUUAUCACCUGGGCCGCUAGGUGGAGCACCCAGUCUACUGAGUCCUCCUCUGUAUCGCACACAAACUCAAAUAAAAGCACAGUACAAGAUACCCUCAUUCCUCAAUACAUACCAAGAUCCGAGUGGAACAUCUGGUAUUCGUUUGUCUGUCUGAUCCUGGAUUCGAUGCCUGUAGAAGAUACGAUGUUGACCUCUUUCCCCUGCCUCUUCCCUUAUGUGUCCCGCGCCUACAGUGAAGUAAGGCGCCGAUGUAGUGUGCGAUGACCCCGGACAGUCGAAUGAAUGUCCCUCUCGCAGCAAUCUCCACAAAGCUCUUCCAGAACUGGCCGCCCUUGUAGCCCAACACCACCGCCCCGAUCAGCAUCACAACGCACAGGAUCACAGUCGACGUAUUCUGCACAGAGAACACCACAGGCAAGAGCAAGGAUGGGCUCUAGAGAUGGGCUGUGGCUCACUAACUUUCCUCCUCCAUCGACCUACCCUGGCGCCGAUGGUCCAUUGAUGGGGCACCCAAGCCAUGAGGCUCCCGGCUCGUCUGCGUCUCCCAAUCCGUCCAGAAACGCCGUCGCGUCCGCUCCUUGUAGCAGUGUCGGACGCGCCGCAGUGGCUGCCAUGUCACUUGCUGCAUGUACCGCACAUACAGACAGACAGAAAAGAAAAUCAGACACAUCUUGGAGGCAUCUGCUGACAGACGUGUGCAUCAUGAUGUGCACAUGUGCAUCUUGCGUGCGCGGUGCGUGUGUGUACAAACGUCGCGGUUGGAUGUGUGGAUGGUGAAUUAUUGCUGCUGCUGACGAUUCUACACGUCAAUCUUGGGAGCCAAACACCUGCACACACACACCGACAAAGCAAUCUCCCCAUUCGCUGUCGGCACAUGCAGAGGACACCUCGGGAGAGAGGAGAGAGGGGAGGGAAAAGAAGGGCACCGAUCG